AUGGCCAGCUACCAGAAUGGUCAGCCUUACUAUACCGCCAACAACCAUCCUUCCUCGGGCCAGAACAGUGGUUAUGCUCAAUAUGGCUCCCAGCCUCCAUAUCCUUCGCGGCCUCUCGAGCGUGUCUCGAGUUUCGAUGCGGGAGAUGACGAACAAUUCAUCGAGGGAGAUCUGGCGCAGACGCAGCCGCGGUCAAUCCAGGGAUACCAGGCCUAUACUGCUCAGUCAGGAGCAAGCCCUCCAGUGAAUAGGACGCACACGGCGAAUGUGCAGGCUUCGACAUCGCUACCCUUCAGAGCAAACACACAACAUACCGCUUUGGGAGGAUAUCAACACCAGCACCAGCCCGCUGUGCCUGCUCAUGCACCUUACAAUCCCGCUCAGUACCAACAGCAGCAACCCAUGUACAAUACACAAGCAUAUGCAAGUCCACAGUCUGCUCAUCCCUCAAGCACCUACCAGCCAUAUGUGCCAGCUGCUUACGGGGACCCGGGCGUCAACCGUCGACCUUCAGUGUACAACAGUUAUGGCUAUUACGAUGUGAAUGCGCAGAUGAGUUCUUCCGCUAAUCAGCCUCCUCCGCCGCCUCCUCCGAGGACCGGUCAGGCACCAUAUCCGCCUUUGCAGGCAUACGGUGCAUAUCAGCAUGAUGCUGUUCAGCAGUAUCAUGCCCGUCGGCCCAGCGCUUCUUCCCCGGGCCAGCCUCAGUCAACAUACUCGCCACCUGCACCCGCUCCUCCUCCUCACGAUGCCGCGCUCUCGGGUCGGCCGUACUCCAGGUCGACCAGUAUCCCCGAGGAAGGAUAUCCAUAUAAUGCGGGAAUAACGACGGCAUACCAGGGCUCAACGUUGAGUACGUAUUCGUCUCCCGAUAUCAACCGGAAUUCCUCAUUCGCAAGUCGGGUGAGCAAUCAGUCAGUCUCGCCGCAGCCUUCACUCCCCACUCCCCCCAGUAGACAGCCUUCAAGCCGAUCUCCGCAGCGCACAAGUACUCUCGAGCGCCAUCCCCAGGGAAGGUCUCUACCCGGAGUACCGUCGGAGUCCGAUUCAGAUCACGACUACUUCAAUACGGGCGAGUCACGAACUACCUCAGACAGGGACACCCGUCAAUCUGGUCAAUCUGGCUAUGAUGACCUGAUGCUCCAUCUAGACGAGGCUAUAGGAAGCACUGCUGGGCAGUCUGGGCCCGCCAGCGACCAUCGAUAUCGUCAUUCUCGAGAUGACGGCUUGAGUGGUAUGUACCAACAACCCUCAUCACAGCCGCUUCUCUCGCCGGAUGAAGUUCCAACUCACCUCAAUGGGACCAUCGCAUCCACUGGAGAUACGUAUAUCAACUACGGUGCAUUCUCAGAUGACAGCGACGCCGAGGCCGCUGCCGGACUUGCAGCAUUGCAGGCGUUGGACGAGCAAGAGAGGGCAGAGGAUGCACGCAGACGUAGCGGCUCAGCGACUCUUUUCCCCAGCCAGUCACGUGCCGGAGCCACCGCUGCUCCUCUCCCCGGACAAGAGCAGAGUAGUGACAGCGACUACACUGGGUACGAUUUAAGUCUUGCCGGCGGAGGCUAUGCACCAGACAUGUCAUACGGUCAGUCAGAGUCGAACUACGCUGCUGCCGCCGCCAUGCCGCAGAGCGAUUUGUAUGGCAGGCUGAUUGCGCGGAUGAAUUCUAUGCGCAGCUCUGGUGUAUCCUCAGAAGGCAGAGAAUCUCAAGCCAGUGGCUUCGAGUAUGUUCUUCCUUCAGACAAUCCUCGUCAAUACUCAUAUUUACACAAUGUUGCGCGGGUUGAUACUGGAGGAACUGGCGGUCUUACCGAACCGAGUCCGCAUCCUCGUCGACUGAGUUAUGAAGAUGGGGAUGAGGCAACUCUGAUGGAUGCUGAGACCGGCCGUACUUCAGGAGACACCAGCCCAUCUCGAGACUCCAUGCCCGAUCUAUUCUUCCAUCCUGGCCUCCAACAACGACCGCUACCACCACCACCCCCACACUCCGACCCCGGCUUACGGAUACCGCACUUGAUGCCUGCGGGAACUUACACCCAACAAACUCGAUUUUCCCAGUACACGGAGACGAAUGCUCGUGGUUAUCCUCCGGCACCAGAUGCUUAUACUACUUCUUUGCUCACUCCCUCGCCCGUACCGCGAUCAACUUCACUGUCGAGCACCAGGAGUGCACCAAGAGUUGAGCAUCCCGUUCGCUCAAAAACCGACGCCGACCGACAAAAGCUUGCCCGUCAACAAGGGCGGCCAGCGUCCGAGAUCUAUGACAUCGCCAGCCCCCAGUCGGCCGUUGCAUUGGACCUUCCAGCCAUCCCGAAGAAACGAUACAAUCCUGCCAAACUUUCAGUAGACCAGUUGAAGCAAUGCUCCGAGCCGUGGGCGCUCAGUGCAGUUCUGGAGUGGAUCAGAGAGCUGGCCGAAGAUGAGGCCGAUCUAAAAGAGCAGAGCAUCAUCGAAGGUAUUGUUGCACUUUUCAUGCACAAAGUUCCGACCAUGUACAUCACCGAAGCCGAAGCGCUUGGUGAACGCGUCGUCAAAGAGAUGUUGGCCACCAAUGCGUUGGUGAGGGAGGAAGAGUGGGUGAAGUUCGGACCUGGGUCGAUGUCUGGCGUUCUCUAUCAACUGACGGGAAGUGGCUGUUAUUCCUCGAAACUGCAUUUGUACCACACUCGGGGCCGUUGCUAUUCAUACCAGUGCAUGAGAACACUGAAAAAGAUUGAUCUUGAUUCUUUGCCGGUCGAGAAGAAGUCGGAGGAUUGGGCCACCUUUUAUAAGCUGGGCAAAGAAGACAUUGCAUCCCACGACAGGAAAGAGAUUGAACGACAAAAUGUCCUUCACGAAAUUGUCACGAGCGAAGACCUGUAUAUCAGCCAACUGGACGUUCUACGAAUAUUAUACCGGGAUCGCCUCGCAGCGGCCCAGCCUCCGAUCAUUCCUCCCAAAAAAUUGCCGCCGUUCUUGAGGGAAGUAUUUGGUGGCAUUGACAAAGUCAAGAAAGUGAACCAGGAUUACCUUCUCGGUCAGUUGAAGUAUCGGCAAACCGAACAAGGACCAUGGAUCGGAGGCUUUAGUGACAUUUUCCGCGAAUGGAUCAGGAAAGCUCGGCCAGUGUAUGUUGAAUACGCAUCGAGCUUUCCUCGAGCAGACUACCUCAUGCGUCGAGAAGCGGAGCGAAACAUCCAGUUCAAGAACUUCCUUGACCAGGGUCGGGAGGACAAGCGAUCGAACCGCCUGGGGUGGGACAAUUAUCUUAAGGCGCCCAUCACUAGAUUGCAGCGGUACGGCCUGCUGCUCUCGACCGUGCAAAAGAACAUGUUGAAAGAGUCGGAAGAAAAGAACCAUCUUGCAUUUGCGCUGGACGAGAUUCGAGCGGCAACCUUUGAAUGUGAUUCGAAGUUCGCCGAAAUGACCAAGAAAAUGCAGCUGAUCGAAAUGCAAACCAAGUUGAGACUUCGGCCGGCCAUGGAGAAAGAGGUGGAGUUGAACCUAGAUCACUUGGGCAGAGAGAUCAUCUUUCAGGGGGAUCUGCAACGCGCUGGAGGGAAAGGCUUUCAGUGGGUUGAUACGCAUGCCAUUCUCUUCGACCACUACCUGGUCCUAGCCAAACCUCUAUAUCGAGAUCGAAAAGAAGGAUAUUAUGACGUUUCCAAGGUGCCCAUCCCCAUGGAUCUCCUUGUCCUGGAAAGCUCCAACGACCCUGCGGUGGUGAAGUCGUCAGUCAAAGGAAUCGGCGCCGUGACCACCACUGUGGUGCCACGAGGGCAGACAGCCGCCGAUGCCCGGCUUGCCAGGGCGCAGUCUGCCGCCAGCGGAGGGCAAGCGGGCUCGUUGACACAUACAAACACGAAUCUCUCCAUCGGAUCAGGCAACACGAGCCAGUCGAUGGUGCCUAUCACGACCCUGGAUUCUGGCAGUUCAAAAGAGGAGAAGAUCAUGUAUCCUUUCCGCGUCAAACACCUCGGCAAGACGGAGACGUACACACUCCACGCUCCGAGUGCGCAAAACCGGCAGGACUGGUGUGAAGCCAUCAUCCAAGCCAAAACACGACAUGCAGAAGCCUUGUUCUCGCAGAAUGCGGAGCCGUUCAAACUUCGCGUCCUGGCAGACACGGCUUUCGGCUACGAAGGGCUGGCUUAUCCUCAAAGACGCAUCUUGAUCAAGGGUACUCCCCUGGACAGGGCCAUUCGGGAAACCGAAAAGAAAUUCGAAGGCCAGGGCCGUCCAGCACCUGUUUGCCGAGCUCCGAUCAACUGUGCAACGGUGUUCAAUCAGCCAUAUGGCCGGCUCAUGUGCGCCGUAGGGACCGACUACGGCGUCUACAUCUCCGAAUACCAAAAUUCUCGGGGAUGGGUGCGGGCUAUCCCUAUGCAACGCGUCACCCAGAUCGCAGUGCUGGAAGAGUUCAACCUGUUUCUUCUCAUUUCUGACAAGGCGCUCAUCGCCUAUCAUCUGGAUGUGGUCUGCCCACCAACCGGCAACGUGGUGUCGCAAAGUGAUACCUCCAGUCGUAAAGCACCACAAAAGCUGUCCGGCUCUAAGGACGUUGGCUUCUUUGUGACGGGACGGAUGAAGGAGCGGACGCUGGUCUUUUACAAAAAGCGAGACGGCAUGGCGUCCAACUUCAAAGUCCUUGAGCCUGUUCUCCAGAGGAGCACGACCAGCCGCUCCCGCUUCUUGCCUUCCUCAUCUCGGAGGGGGCAGACCGAAUUUUUCCGGGAGUAUGACGAGUUCUACAUCCCGGCCGAGUGCUACAGUUUGAAUCUGUUUCAGUCCAGUCUGGCCAUCUCCACGGCCAGAGGGGUAGAGGUGCUGACGCUGGAGAAGAAGCAAACCUGGAGCGUGCCCAAUCUGAGAAGCGAUCAGCCCGAGGCGCAGGCACACCUCAGCUCGAUCGCCAGUCGGAUCAAGGAUCUGAAGCCCUUGGGCAUGUUCCGGCUGGGAGAGGCCGAAUUCCUCGUCACCUUUGAAGAAUGUGCCGUCUACGUCAACAAACACGGCGACAUCUCGCGCGGAGUGGUGAUGGAGUUUGUGGGUCGAGCCAAGUCGGCCUGUCUAUAUGCGCAAUAUCUCAUUCUCGUGGAUGACGACUUCGUCGAGAUCCGCGAUGCGCAAAACGGCCGAUUGAAACAAGUCAUUGCCGGCAAGGACAUCAAGUUACUCGACGAUGGAGGAGGCGGAUCGGGAGGCGCCCCGACUCAGACACCAGCGGCGCUGGGAGGGGGUAUCAAUGGUCUUGCGCUCAAGAACUUCAUGGCCGCACCGCGCACCCCGAAACUGGCGUUGCAGCAUCCAGAGUACGAGAAGGUUCAUCUCAUUGUCGAACUGCUGUUGACCACGGAUACGGAAUAA